AUGCGUCCCACGAGCGCCGCGCGCGAUAGGGGCGGGCUAGACCCUUCAUCCCACUACACCUCGAGCUCCAUCCAGGGCGCCCUGCGAGGUGCCCAACAAUCUGGCUCGUCGGCCGCGGGGACGGGUCCGCCCGGUUUGCUGCUCGUGCUCAUGUUGGUGGCGGUAGCUCUUCCCGCGGUGAGCUUCUUCGCCAUGCACGCGAGGAUGCUGGAUAGACAGGAGGUGCUGAGCAACAACUACGCGACGACGAUGGUGGAAUUGACGGCUCUCAGGAAGGAGGUUGGAGAGAUGCGAGCCAUAGAGCAGGAGCUGAAGGAGGCCAGGUCGGAGCUCAUGCUGGCCAGGCUCAGCCUCAAGAAUGCGGCGACAAAGCUUGGCAAAACGGGCAGCGAAGCGGUGCACAGCAAAAGGGGGCUGCUCGACGCUGAGCCCGCUGAAGGUGAUGAGGGGAACGCACGAAACUGGGACGCGUCACGACGAGAACUACAUGAGGCGAUGUGGACCCAGCAGGUGAACCGUAGGUAG